GAGGACACUAUUAAAGACCGGACGCUUCCAGUAGAAGAUCGCUGUGGCGGGGCUUGCCGGCAUCAUGGCGGAUAACCAUUACGAGCUGCUGCCGCCAACCCCGGGUGGUCUCGGGGCGGGGCUGGGGGGCGGCCUGUGCCGCCGCUGCAGCUCGGGGCUCAGCCCCCUGGCCCAGCGCCCCGGUGGUGUGUCCAAGUGGGUCCGGCUUAAUGUCGGCGGCACCUACUUCCUCACCACCCGGCAGACGCUGUGCCGGGACCCGAAGUCCUUCCUGUACCGCUUGUGCCAGGCCGACCCCGACCUCGACUCGGACAAGGAUGAAACAGGUGCCUAUUUAAUCGACAGAGACCCUACCUACUUUGGACCUGUGUUGAACUACUUGAGACAUGGAAAGCUGGUUAUUAACAAAGAUCUUGCAGAGGAAGGAGUGUUGGAGGAAGCAGAGUUUUACAAUAUCACCUCACUAAUAAAACUUGUAAAGGACAAAAUUAGAGAACGAGACAGCAAAACAUCACAGGUACCCGUGAAACAUGUGUACCGCGUGCUGCAGUGCCAGGAGGAAGAGCUCACACAGAUGGUGUCCACCAUGUCUGAUGGCUGGAAGUUUGAGCAGCUGGUCAGCAUUGGCUCCUCAUACAACUAUGGAAAUGAAGACCAGGCUGAGUUUCUUUGCGUUGUCUCCAAGGAGCUGCACAACACUCCAUACGGCACGGCCAGUGAGCCCAGCGAGAAGGCCAAGAUUUUACAAGAACGGGGCUCAAGGAUGUGAGGACAGUCUUGACAGCUGAAGAAAUGAUUUACCUUUUCCCAAGAUACAGUGAACUGCCAUGUCCAGGAAGCUUGGCUGUGAGAAGAAACCUGCUUUUGAUCAUUUCUUUAGAGAUCUGGGUGUGGAUCCUUUUUUGCUUUGGAGGUGGGUGGUGAGAGACAGCCCAGCUGUCAAAGACAAGCCAUGCCCAUGGGUAGAGGGUGGGCUGUCUCUGGGGGGCCUGCUCUUCUUUUCAAAUGUCAUGUGGGACUGAGACAGGAUGUUCCUGACCAGCCAUGCAAUCCUGAAGGUUAUUUCAAGGGCAGGGCUUUUGGUGCUACAUACACAGUCUGCGAUAAGUGACCCAGACCUCAAUGGGAAGAAGGGACAACAGCUCUACUGACUGUCCAGCACACCAUGGCUUGGGGUCUGGGUGCCUGCUAGCCACUCUGUGCAUCAGGCUCUCAACUUCAGGCCAGGGAGGCUGCUCUGCCUCUGGUGUGAUCAAUUGGCGGUUUCUUUUGACCUCGGCUAAGGCUGCCAACAGAGGUAGCCUCCACAUUGCUACUACUUCCCGGGCACCUGCUCUGAGGCCAGGCCUCCUUUUAGGCCAGGCUUUCCUCCUGGCUUUGUUGGCUGGACAGUUGAUGCUUCUCAAUUUGUAUUUCCCAGGCAAGAGAAGUUUGUAACCCUUUUUUAAGUGUGGAUAGACUACCUAAUGUUUAUACUUUUCAGAAAUGCCUAAAAGUGUUGCUAGGUUUUGGCUUGGUCUGUUAAACCAGUUAAUGGGAAAUGGAAAUUUUGCCUCGUCCAUCCCACUUGGUGGCUCAUGGGGAGCUGGUGCCCACCAGUGCCUUUGUUGCGCCCGGGAUGGAAGCUGGGGCGGGAGCCCAUGCACCUGGCUUCUAGAGCUGACACUCUGGGUCACAUUGAAGCUCGGGAUGUUUACAGUGCAUCACAUAUCUGUCUGUGUCUCUCUUUCUCUUUUUCUCUGGCUCUCAUUUUCUGUAUAACUAUGCAGUUCUUCUCUGAUGUUUCUGGUGUGUUUUGAAACUAUAUGACCUGCACAGCUCCACCUACCUGACGUGACUUGGACCCUACUGCUCGCCUGCUUUGAAACAGACCUUUCUCAGCUGGCUGUAGGGACAUGUCUGCCUGGGGACGUGAUCCAAACAAGCAAGCUCUGCUUUCGACUUCUGGUUUCCCAAGGGAGCUAUGCAAACUGACUACAGGGGCUGCCCACCUGCAGCCUCGAGGCUCUGACACUGGCUCAUUUCAGAUGUUCCUGGAAAUCUCUUGCCUAGUCCCUCCCCUUUCUCCUUUGCCAAUAACCUGAUUAACCAAGUUUUCCAGCAACUAGGACUUACCUCCUUUCAUAAAGUCUCUUGUAUGUUGUUAAAUGUUUGGCUUAAAAGAAUUCAUGAAAACAUUUUUAUAGGGCAGGAGUAGCCACUGGCUGACCCAGCUAAAGGUGGCCCCACUGUUGGCUGUGGGGACAUAUUCUGGGGAGCUACCGGGCACUUACAUUAUUUGAUUUAUGACCUUGACUUACAAUAGAUAGGCUUUUCUUUUUUUAAUUUAAAAAUAUUGACUUCACAAAAGUUUAUUCUAAGGGGGUAUUUAUACUUUUAUACUUUUUUAGGUAUCCGUAUUUUAUCAGCUUACUGUUUAAUGUCUAAGUUUCCCCUGGUAUUAGCAAAUAAAACUGUGUAUUUAUGAAUGAGCCCAGCAGCUGUUAGUGUCUUAAAAUACAUGGAGAAGCUGCAGCUGGAAUCAUGGUUCAACUGCUCGAGCCAAGAUACCCCCGACAGGACUCUGGUUUCAGCUUCAGAAGUCCAAUAUAGCUGGGUGUAGCUAAGGAACCCAUUGUGCCCUGAAAGAUUCAGCUCUCUGUUUGUCUGCUGCUACCAGUCAGUCCUAUUUCUAAGCACAUGACCAGCCUACCCAGGGCUUUGGCAUGGACUGUCCUACCUUCCCAUUGUAAGGUAUGGGUUAGGGUCUGCUUGUAUGGGGACAGGGUAUGGGCUUUUGGGUGUCGUUAAUGAGUGCGUACAUAGGGGAGGGGUUUAAAUUCUGCCUUAAGAGGUUUUCUGGUGGCAGCUAGGACCUGGUUGUGCCCUCUGGCCUCUUGGUCUCAUACAGCUCUGGGUGCUCAGAAGAGCCUCUGUGUGGUCAUGUCCUUGGUCAGAGCUCAGAGCAUGUCCCAUCAGAGCUGAAGGCUACAAAGGAGACAGGCCAGAGCCCUUGGCAGAAGAGGCACCCUGUCCUCCUAAAGGCAGACCUGUCUGCCAUGGAGUGUCUGUAGAGGGCCAAGGGCCAAGGGCCAGUUCUGGCCCCUUCAGAAGUCCAGCAGAGCUGGGCAUAAUGGCACACACCUGUAAUCCCAGCAUUCAGGAGGCUGAAGCAGAAAGAUUACUGUGAGUUCAAGGCCAG